AUGGAAAAGGUCCAGCUAGAACUCAAAAAGAACCACGAAGAGCUGCUGAAAUUUCACGAACUGUAUCUAAAGCAGCAAGAGAUGAUGAAAGAAAUCCAAUCGGGGGCAAUGAACGACGUCCGAGCAACGAAAGAGCUCCUCGUCGAACUACAGAAACAAACCGGCGAUCUUGUUCAAAUACAACGAGAUCACGAAGAAAGCUUGAACAACAAGUUGAUGGAACUGGAGGAUAAUAAAGCAAGGAGACAUGCCGAGCUGAUAAACCAGCUGAAAGUCAACCAACAAGUUCUCUCAAGAAUCACCCAAGAAGUUGAGGAUGGGUGGUUUUACGGUGUUCAAGUGGUAAGCGUAAAUGGUGAAAAUGUCCGAGUUUCCUACAACAGCAAAAUAAUCGAUGUCAAAAUGGCGGAUAUUGUAAAGCUCACUGCGCCUGAUCAACCACUUGAGGCGGAAGCCACAGUAAUCGCUCGACACCCGCACUAUCAACAAACUUACGCGCCUGGCGUUAUCGUUUGCGCAGGUCCACUGCAGAUUCGAUUCUACGACGGCACUGAAAGCAUCAUUCCAAAAGCCGAAGUACACCUUGUCGAUUUUGAACGAUUCGAGGAUUUUGUCGACAACAUCAUUCAACUGGAAAGCAGAUGGGUUAACGAAAGCGUCGUCGCGCGCGAUGACAAAACCGGAGUCUAUAAAUUAGGCAAGGAAAUGGGAACUGUAAAAGAACGAGUCGCAAACGCACACGAGUAUGUGAUCGAGUGGCGUGGGGACAAUAUAAGCACGAUCCAGCAUUACUCCUGCAUUUUCGGCAAGUACUCGAAGGCGAAAUCUUUGCAGACAGGAGAUCACGUGAUCGCAUGCUCGGACAAGAAAAGCUGGAAUUAUCACCCAGGCACAAUAACAAAAGCUGACUCCAACUCAGUUGACAUCGAUUUUAUCUGCAAUGUCACAAUCGAGGGAGCGAACCCCAAGGAAGCUUUCUACAUCACACCCGAGUAUUUCAACCUUGCGAAAGAAUACUAUCUGGCCCAGCUGGAAGGAUCCACCGCUUCAUCAGAAAGCUCCUUGUCUUCGGUAGACAACUAA